GCCCGUAAAGGGACUGGUGACUCCUCUGCUGUUCCUGCUGGAUUCUCCACCGCCCCACAAACCUGCCAGUGGGUCUGAGUGCCCUACCUCCCCAAUGGUGCUCUCUGCCCCAGCUCCUGAAAGCAGAACUUACAGAGGCAUGGCCCCAAGACUUCUCCUGGCCCUUGUCCUCUGGGCUGGCUACUUACCCUGCAAUGGGAGAAAAGGUAUGUAGGACCCCUGGGGGCCCAGGGUGUGGUGCUGGGCCUUUAGGUACCCGAUUGCCGUGGAUUGCUUCUGGACCCUGCCACCUGCUGCAGACUCCACCAGGCCCACAUCCUUCAUUGCCACAUACAGACUUGGAGUGGCCGCCCAUGGGGAGAGCCAGCCCUGCCUCCAGCCAACACCAGAAGCCACCAGCUGCACCAUCCCAGACGUCCAAAUGUUCUCCAUGGUACCCUACAUGCUGAACCUCACAGCUGUCCACCCCUGGGGAAGCAGCAGCAGCUUCGUGCCCUUUGUCCCAGAGCACAUCAUCAAACCGGACCCUCCAGAAGGCGUGCGCCUGAGCCCCCUCCAUGGGCAGCGGCUGCGGGUGCAGUGGGAACCUCCCAGCUCCUGGCCCUUCCCAGAGGUCUUCUCACUCAAGUACUGGAUUCGCUACAAGCGUCACGGAGCUGCCCGCUUCCGCCAGGUGGGGCCCAUUGAAGACACAUCCUUCACCCUCAGGGCUGUGAGGCCCCAAGCCAGGUAUUGCAUCCAGGUGGCUGCUCAGGACCUCACUGACUACGGGGAGUCAAGCGACUGGAGUGUCCCUGCCACUGCCUCAGUGACUCUGGGCAAGUAGCAGGGGCUUCCCAGCACCCCGGAAGAGGAGCCGAUUCCUUGACAUCCCCCUCCCACUCACUGCUGCCGAGUUGCUGGGCAACCUUAGACAAGUGACUUUGCUUCUCUGACACUUAAUUUCCUAAUCUGUGAAAUGGGGAUGUACUCCCUCCUUUGACUACAAAACUGUGAAUGUGA